CCGGCUGUAGUUUCCGAAUCGCGCGCAUAUAAGCGCCGGGGAGGAUGGAGGAGAGACGAGACCUUUCUAAAAGCUGCUUGUGGCAUCGCUCUCCUGGAGAACGCGACACGAUGGACCUUCGUUUGGUGCAGCUCUGCCUUCUUCUGUCGGCGUGCAGCUUCAGAUCUGUACUGAGCUGCAGGUGGAUAAAACACAAGUUCCAGCACCACCAUGGAGUCUCUUCAGAUCUGAUCAGAAUAAUGGGUGAGAAAAUCCAUAAUGACCACGAGGAUGUGAACCCAAUCCCAUAUGACCUGAUCAAUAACCACAGAGGAGCAGAGCCUGAGAAGCAGAUCCCUUUCGUCAUUCAGGCUCUGCUGGAGAUCACGGUCCUCUUCGACGAUGCCGUCGUCCCCUGGAAUGCUAAAAAGAUGGAAGAUUUCUUAAACGUGAUGCACGAGGAGAUCGAUGGGCUGCGCUCGUGUGGGGCUUACAAAGCCAAGAGGAACAAAAAGCUGCAUCUGUAUUUCGAAAGACUGAGACGCAUGACAGAAGUGAACGCGGGGGAUAAAGAUCACAGCUGGGAGAUCGUCAGAAAACGGGUCAUAAGUUUGAUGAACCAGCUGGAGUUCUUCUUCCUCCACACUCGUGGUUAAGAACCGGUCCUCUUGAGGCUUGGCUCCGUUUACAGAAGAAAAAA